AUGGCGGCAGCCGUGCGACAGGAUUUGGCCCAGCUCAUGAAUUCGAGCGGCUCUCAUAAAGAUCUGGCGGGCAAGUAUCGUCAGAUCCUGGAAAAAGCCAUUCAGUUAUCUGGGGCAGAACAACUAGAAGCUUUGAAAGCUUUUGUGGAAUCAAUGGUAAAUGAGAAUGUCAGCCUCGUGAUCUCUCGCCAGUUGCUGACUGAUUUCUGCACCCAUCUCCCUAACCUGCCUGAUAGCACAGCCAAAGAAAUCUAUCAUUUCACCUUGGAAAAGAUCCAGCCUAGAGUCAUUUCAUUUGAGGAGCAGGUUGCUUCCAUAAGACAGCAUCUUGCAUCCAUAUAUGAAAAAGAAGAAGAUUGGAGAAAUGCAGCCCAAGUGUUGGUGGGAAUUCCUUUGGAAACAGGACAAAAACAGUACAAUGUUGAUUAUAAACUGGAGACCUAUCUGAAGAUUGCUCGGCUAUAUCUGGAGGACGAUGAUCCAGUCCAGGCAGAGGCUUACAUAAAUCGGGCAUCGUUGCUCCAGAAUGAAUCAACCAAUGAACAGUUACAGAUACAUUAUAAGGUAUGCUAUGCACGUGUUCUUGAUUAUAGAAGAAAAUUCAUUGAAGCUGCACAGAGGUACAAUGAACUCUCUUACAAGACAAUAGUGCAUGAAAGUGAAAGACUAGAGGCCUUAAAACAUGCUCUGCACUGUACCAUCUUAGCGUCAGCAGGACAGCAGCGUUCUCGGAUGCUAGCUACUCUUUUUAAGGAUGAAAGGUGCCAGCAGCUUGCUGCUUACGGAAUCCUAGAGAAAAUGUACCUAGAUAGGAUCAUCAGGGGAAAUCAACUUCAAGAAUUCGCUGCCAUGCUGAUGCCUCACCAGAAAGCAACUACAGCUGAUGGUUCUAGCAUCUUGGACAGAGCUGUUAUUGAACACAAUUUAUUGUCUGCAAGCAAAUUAUAUAACAAUAUUACCUUUGAAGAACUUGGAGCCCUUUUAGAGAUUCCUGCAGCUAAGGCAGAAAAGAUAGCAUCGCAAAUGAUCACAGAAGGACGUAUGAAUGGAUUUAUUGAUCAGAUUGAUGGAAUAGUUCAUUUUGAAACACGAGAAGCCCUGCCAACAUGGGACAAACAGAUCCAGUCACUCUGUUUCCAGGUGAAUAACCUGUUGGAGAAAAUCAGUCAGACAGCACCAGAAUGGACAGCACAAGCCAUGGAGGCCCAGAUGGCGCAGUGA